UUUUCCCGCAAUAAACAAGUGUGGGGGUGUUAGCGUAGCUAUACACAGAGAACUUUGCACAUUUACCAGCUAAAAUGCCCAAACGAACUUGUCCUUUUCCUGAAUCCUUCUCUUCCCAGUACAAAAUACAUAUCGGGCAGCGGGAGAUAAACAGUUACGGAGUGUUUGGAAAUAAAUAUAGGCAAGAAAUAUACGAAAAGACAAAAAACCUGCUUUUCAAUGGUGCGAAAGCUGUAGUGGGGAAAAUAUGGUCUGGAGAGGAGAAGUGCCCAGAUUCACAGUUUAAAGAACAACACACUGCAUGCAGUCAGACACUCCUGAGAGGACAGACACUUAUUGGGCAGGAUGGGAAACUCACAAGAACACAUGCUGUACAAGGUGUGCCGGCGGCUCCCACAGGCUGCUGUGUUUGUCAUAAAAAUCAGGGUUCCAGGACGCUGUGUUCCCAGUGUGACAGACUGGCUUGUGCUUCUUGUACCAGACAAUGUUCCAGCUGUUGCAGCCUGUGCUGCUCCAUCUGCACCAUCAUAGAUUACAGUGGACCAUACGAUGAAGUGCUAUGCUGCAGCUGUUCAACAUAACAAGGACCAACAGGAAGGAUCAGAUUGAGUACUUGAUCGUGUAAAGUUGCCCCCAUGAGAUAUUACAAAGAUUACAGUGUAAACUUGUUUUUAUGAUUGAAAUGUAUUCUUGUAUAUAUGUGUUUCAUUCUGUAAUGAACUGAAAUUAAACUUGAAUGUUUUUAUUAAGUCUAUUUUACUUUGUAAAUUUUAUGUUUUGACUUGGUAUUGCAUUAAAUAGCAUAUGUUCUAAUUUUUCAAUUUGGAAAUUGAUGUCUCAAAGUUCUUGUUUACAAAUAUUAGAUAUGUUUUUUAAAAAACCCAAAAAGUCACAAGUUGAAGAAGAAUGAUUUGCUACAUUUUUAAAAUUCCAAAACUAUGCAUAACACAAAGUCUACUCACAACAAAAGUAUUGAUGUAUUGAAAUCUGUUGUUCAAAUUUGAGUUUGAGUGAAUACUUAUUUAUUUGAUAGUUUACAUAGAGAGAAAAGUAAUCUGAAAGCAGCAGCUUGGAGCCCUAGCUAAACAACACCCUACAGAGGAAUUUAAAACGACUCUGCCUGUUAUUUACUACACUGGGGAAAAACCAUCUGUAACCCAUCAAUGUAAUUUGAAACGCUAAGACUCUACCAACCUUUACGUUACAUUUUCCAGUUUCUGCUCCAGUUCUGACCAGCAUUACUCUGAUGCUAACAGUGCUAUGUCCUUCUGUUUCUCAGAGAAAUGGUCAACAGAAUACUCUGGGGAGCCAUGAAUAGAAUGUGAAAGUCACAUUUCUCCAUACAAUCUGCUGAUUUAGCUUGUGAGGCUUUGACUGCACUAAAGCAAUGUAGUUAAAACAAACAGGACAACACCUGUUAGCAACUUAAAACAGCAUAAUUACAGCUGCUGUUGAUUUCUCCAGAUGCUGUUUAGACCUCUGAAAGCUGCAUGUGGUGUGAAGGAAAGUGAGAAAGGUGCAGUGAAAUAUUUCAUUAAUUUGGAUAAAUGCUGAGCAAUUAAUACUAUAUGUAGUCUGCGGGCAUCAGCUGGUGUUUGGUACUGACAGUUGGCACAAGAGUUAAAACUACAUUGUAAAAGAAACGAUGUUCUUGCUUGAUCAAUUAUAUGAUUGCAAAAAUAAAAACUGCAAGCAGC